AAAGUGUACGCUCAUUACACUAUUGUUCUUUGUUUAGUGGAUUUCCCCUGACAGAGAUGGAAACCAGUAUAAUCAUCGAUACUAGUCGGCGGGGUCAAACCAGGAGCUUGGGUAGGCCGGCCAACCCUUUACCUCAACUCUUCAUGGAGUCGGAAGAAACUAAUCUCAGGUAUCGGAAGGAUCCCGUGAACCCUGGAACCCCAGCCAACAGUUUCCAGACUCCUAGUACGGAGAAGAGAAUCGUUCUAGAAGAGAAUAAUAUGGAUUCCGGGUUGGGAGGUUGGGAGCCUUUCAGUAGUACUAGUAGACCUUCAUAUAGUAGACAAAGGUACAGUGAUCUUUCUUUUAGAAAAGUUGAACCAAGUAUUUGGGAGAGUUUUUCUAGCCCUGUACUAGAUCUCAAGAAUGCUUUUAAAGGACGGCCGAGCUUCACUGAACCAGGCCCUAUUGGAGGUCAACUGAAGAAUCUUGUUCCAGUUAACCUUGUUCUAGAGGAUGUUCUACCUGUUCUACCUGUUUACUGGAAAACACAAACCCUUGUCAGAGUUGGUCUAAUGUUGGUUCUGGCUGGUAGUCUGAUGGUGUCAGUUUUGAUGAAAACUAACUCAAAUACUAGACUCAACGGUAAACAAAGCUCUAUCAAGUAUGGAAGCGAACAGAGGUUAAUGGCGUUGAAACGAGACAACAGAGUUAUCGAUUUUGAUAUCAAGGAUGAAAGUGGUCGUGUUCUUGGUGGCAAGCAUGCUUCUAUACAGUUUGCGUACGAUUUAAACAAGGUGGUCAAAGCUGAAAUAUCAGAUCCUCUACCUUUGUUUGAACCCGAACCUCUUCGAACCAAACGGAUGGCUACACCAGAACCGGUUUCCGAACCUCAUCCUAGUGCUGAACCAGAACCGAUUUCCGAACCACAUCCCAGCGCUGAACCUGAACCGAUUUCCGAACCGCAUCCCAGCGCUGAACCCGAACCGAUUGCUAUGCCUUCACAAAUCUUACCUAAAGAUGUUUCGGGUUCAAAUCAGUUUUCUAUUUUUGAGCUCUCCAGGAAGAUUGAAGAGCUGAGUGCACUUCUUAAGAUGGAGGAUCUGCGGAAGGUUGAUGAAGAGUUUGAUCAAUUAGAAUCUGAAAUUGAAACUCUGAAGAUUAGAAAGAGAAACUUGGUUAAGAAGCUUCAACAAUCUAACAAGGUAACUGCAAAUGAGAUUAAAAAGAAGAAUAAACCUGUAAAAGUUGAUCUGGAAGAAGCCAAGGAGUCCGACUCAACCGCUAAGAAAAGUGUGAAAUCUCCGAAACCGCCUAAAACAAAGGUUCGAAAUCCUUUAACAGAAUCUAUUGAUAAGCCAGCAUUAACUCCAGUCAAGAAUAAAUCAACGAGCAAGGUAAGUCAAGAAAUAUCAUAUCAUGUGUUUUUUAUAACCCUCUUUCGGGGGAUUUCAUCCUCUACAAGAGUCUGAUUUAUUCAGUCACAU